AUGUAUCUCCGUUACAAGCCGCUACCUAUGCCGUCAUAUAGACAUCGUUCAAAUGUCAAACUGAAGUCAAUUCGGCAUUGUUCUGAAGCAUUACAAAUGGAAGUAUUGAUGAUGCGCGAAAGAAUUCUUGGUCAAAGAAAUCCACAAUUAGUUUAUCCACUGAAACAUUUCGGUCGAAUUUAUGCUAAACAAAAAUGGUAUACAAAAUCAUCACAUGCAUUAAAUAUAAGUGAACACGAUGAUAAUGAGGAUGAUAUUUUACUCGUUUUGGCUGGGAUUUUCUUUGAAAUUAUUAAUCAUGAAGAAUGUUUUCCAUUUCAAGUAUUACAUAAUGUAAUGCUGAGUGCAUCUAAAGCCUUAAAACGAGUUAUAUCUCAAGCGAAAAUCGAUAAAAACUUACCUACAAUGUUAUAUUUAGUGGUAAUCGCAUCACAAGUAUUAAAUCAAAUAAAGGACGAUGUCAUCGUACAAAAACAGUUCGAUUCAUUGAUUUAUACUUUCAAUCGAAUGAAUAUUCACACAUCUAAUGGUGAUACUCUUGUACAUUUGGCUAUAAAUGCACAUACAAAAAUGGAUAAUCAUAAUGUGAUACUCUAUUACAAAUUUCCGUCAUUGUCCGCAGUUCAAUUACUAACCGAUUGUGGUGGUUUAAAUGUCAAUGUGUUGAAUGUUAAUCGAAAUAUACCAUUACAUCUUAUUGCUAGUUAUUAUAGAUCCAUAGUUCCAAAUAAAGAUAUUCUUAUAAUUAAAGGAAUUAUGCAGAAACCGAAUGAAGCCAAUUGUCAUUGGGAUAUCGCUAACCGAUACAAUCAGAUACCUUUACAAUGUACAAGAUUACGGACAAUAGAACUAUUUAUAAAAGAUGUGAUGAAAUUCAGUCUCAAAUGCUUAGUGGCUAGGCACAUUAGAAACCCAAAAUUGAAACGUUACGAAUAUCUAUCAGAAAGACUGUGUGAUUUUAUGAUUUUUACUCAUGCCGGCUACUUCCAAAAAAAGUAA